AUGUCAGCAACCGGUUUAAUUCCAACUGACGUCUUCCUUGAACCAGACGACGAAAUAUCUACAAGCGAUAUUCUAGAAGCUGCGAAAAAACCAAGUGACCGCAAACUGAGCUUGGUUUGGACUGGAAUCAUCGGGUUUUCGUUCCUUCAGGCGGGUGGAUUAUAUGGACUAUGGCUUAUGUUUACUUCUGCCAAAUUGGCCUCCACGUUAUUAGCCGUUGUCCUGCACCUCCUGGGACUCCUCGGCAUCACCGCCGGCGCCCACCGCCUGUGGUCCCACCACUCCUACAAAGCCAACUGGCCCCUCCGUCUCUUCCUGGUGGUCUGCAACAGCCUCGCUUUCCAAAAGUCCGUGAUCAGAUGGGCCCGAGACCACCGCCUCCACCACAAGUUUGGCGAAACCGACGCGGACCCCCACAACAUCAAAAGGGGUUUGUUCUUCGCUCACAUCGGCUGGCUCCUCUGCCGCAAGCAUCCCAUGAUCAAAGAAAAAGGUCAACAAUUGGACAUGUCCGACUUACGCGCUGACCCACUCUUGUACUACCAGGACAAGUACUACAAGAUCGUGAUGCCUGUGGUGUGCUUCGUCGUACCAACUGUAAUUCCGGUGUACUUUUGGGGUGAAAGUUUCGAGAACGCUUGCUUCGUGAACUUCUUCAGAUAUUGCUUUUCGCUCAACGUCAUUUUCUUAAUUAACUCUUUCGCUCAUAGGUGGGGCUAUAAACCCUACGAUAAAAGCGGUCCUGGUUGCGAGGUGCAGAGUUUGAGCGUACUGGCGCUGGGAGAGGGAUAGCACAAUUACCAUCACACGUUCCCAAGGGACUACAGGACGUCCGAAUUGGGAAAGUACGGAAUGAACUUGACAACGACGUUUAUAGAGUUUUUUGGCAAAAUUGGGUGGGCGUACGACUUGAAGACGAUGUCGAAUGAGAGGAUCAGGAACAGGGUGGAGAAAAUGGGGGAUGGGAGUCCUGAGAUUUGGGGGAUAAAAACCAAGACCGCCAGACCAGUCACCAAGAUUAACCAUCAAACUAAAAAUCUUACUGCUGUUCAGGACUAUAAUAAAUAA